GUUUUCUCUGUCGAAACAACUUUCAAUUCGCGAGUGUGAAAAUCUUUAUUUUCCCUUUUGUUUCUCGGUUUUUCCGUUCCAAACUGCUGCCAUUUGGUUGGUGUUUUUAUGUUUAAGCCGAAAUGUGUUUUGUUUGCGUAUCUACCUAAUCGCGUACGUAGAAAAGUGAAAUUAUACUGCGGGUUGUAAUAGCCCUUUGUUUUUCUAGGGUUCGCUUCUCGAUGUUCAAGAUGGUUUAACAAAGUGCAAAACAAUAUGGAAGCAAUAACUGAAGAUCUCAGUAUUCCGAAGCGACAUGUACGCGAAACCCGCUGCCCAAAUCGAUUCGUGGUGUUGGCUCACAAGUCUUGGCUGAAAAAUAUAUCUCAAGGAGGAAAGUUGCCAUGCGAGUUUCCUGUGUAUAAAACCGAUGCAGUGGAGUGGCCCGCGGGAGCUGCCAGCAGCAUCUGGUCUAGGGUUUACGUUAGCGUAUACAAAAAGCAUCCCAACAAGGUGAUACCGAUGCCACGCAACAAAUUUCUUCAGAAUCUCAACAACGGUGAUGCAAAUCCAGCGGAGAACGAAGAUCCACUCCAUUACUCCCAGCUACUGCAGUAUGUUUCCCAGACGAACCACAAAAACUUGUGGAAGGCUGCGUAUCGCAAGUAUGGAGCAUCCCGUCCAUGUUAUCGUCAACCUCCGCCGGAAAACGGCGCCAAUGGUUACCAGCAGCAGCAGCAGCAUCUGACCAGCAUUGCCAGUUUCGACAACAGCAAUAGCAUAACAAUAGGUGGUACAAAGAAGCAACAGCAACAGGAGAAUAACAACAUAUCAGCUGCGCUGCUGCCGUAUGAUUACGUACUGCGGGAGACAUUGUGCCGUGCCUAUGGGUGUCGCAUCAUCCGCGGGGACACACAGGACGAUGCGGCGAAUGGGUCUGAUCACCUGAACGUGGCGCUUCAAGCGCAUACCAAUUUGUAUCCAGUGCUGGUAGCGGUUGAAACUGGUUUGCAUAUAUUAUUGAUAUUCGAUUCGUACAUUCCAAACAGUUUGCUGGACUGCGUUACGUACAGUCCGGCGAUCCUGGAGAAAUCCCACAAUAAGCCGUUGUUCAUGAUAUACCAGUUGUUGAAUCUGAUGAAAUCGCUGCACGAUCGUGGGCUGAAUGUGGGUAAUGUUGGACUGGGGGACAUCUUUCUGGCGGAAAAUCUGUGGUUGCGUGUGAUUCCUAAUUUGGAGGCGAAUUUGCUGGAAUUCGAUGGCGAAGCCCUGAGCCAACUGCUCGUGAAUCGAGAGUCUCGAGUGAGACUCCCGCGAGAGUUGGAUUCGAAACACACACUGAAGGAUUACUGCGAAAUGUGGUGUCAUGCCCAAUUGUCCAACUUUGAUUACCUCACGAUUUUGAAUAAUCUUGCCGGCAGGAGAAUCGGUUGUCCCGAGUAUCAUCACAUUAUGCCCUGGGUUACGGAUUUCUCCACGCGGAGCGGACAGAUUUGGAGGGAUCUGAAGAAGUCCAAGUAUCGAUUGAACAAAGGUGACACACAGUUGGAUCUUACAUUCCAGGCUGCCGCAUUGGGAACGGAGGGGACCGUGCCUCAUCAUGUCUCGGAUGUCCUUUCCGAGAUAACUUACUAUGUGUAUAUGGCACGGAGGACCCCGAAGGCGGUCCUUUGCAAGAACGUUCGCCCCAUAUGGGUACCGGCAGAGUAUCCGGUGUCGAUUCAGAGACUCCAGGAGUGGACACCAGAUGAGUGCAUUCCGGAGUUUUUCACAGAUCCGUCUGUGUUCAAGAGCAUCCACGAAGAUCUACCCAAUUUGGAGGUACCAAUUUGGGCAACCUGCCCGGAGGAUUUUAUCGUGAAGCACCGUGAGGCGCUGGAGAGUCAGUAUGUGUCGGAAAAACUUCACCACUGGAUUGAUCUCACCUUCGGCUACAAGCUGACCGGUUCCUCGGCGGUCAAAGCUAAGAAUGUUUGUCUGGCGUUGGUUGACCGACAUCAAAAUCUGUGCCAGCGAGGUGUGGUCCAGCUGUUCACCAAUCCCCAUCCAGCGAAGCAAUUUUCAACCAUCUGGAAUGGGAAAACUCCGCCCCGGUUGUACACACAUCAGGAGUCCCGUCAGAGGCUCACGAGGAGCUCAGAGGAUUUAUGCCAUCAAAGUUCCUGUUCCAGCUACUCCGAUUUGGAUCCUGGAUUCACGCCGGAAUACGCUUCUUCGCCACAGAAUCGCUACUCAUCGCAAUAUCUGCGCAGUUCGAGUGGAAUCAAAUCGGAAUCCAUUGAGCGGUCGACCAGUUAUCAUACAAGUGUGCAAGCGAAGACCCCUUCGCUUCUGAUUUUGCCGAAAAACUAUAACCCGGUGAACCAAUUGAACGCGGUGGAGAAUCUGGGUAUGUUUCUGUCGAAAACCUUCCAAAAAUCGUUAUCUUCAGGUGAGUAUGGGAAGAGCAGCCAAAAAUCCGGCGGUCUGGUGGACGAUUUGGAUCUACUGAAUGCCAGCAUCGGAAGCAGCUACGAGCGCGAGCAAGGUUACGAGUGUAAUUCCUUCACGAACCGUCUGUUCGCCGAAGCGUACGAGGCGUCUCUUCUGAAGGAUAGAAAUAUGUUUCAGAAUCAACAGGUCACGGCGUCCAAACAUACCUUCAAACAACUCUUGCUCGAAGCACGGACGAGAGAUUUGAAGAUGAUGGGAUGCUUGAUUGUGGAAUUGUUUCUGGCAGCAAAGCUGAGACCGCUCGGAAGUGUUCUGCAACAGAAUCUGGAUACUAGAUUUGAGGCGUGUGUCAAACUCGUUGGUAAGAGCUACAAAUCACUGCCGGCUUGUGUACAGUAUGCGGUUAAGUUGCUGCUUGGAAUCUCUAUCGCCGAAACGGAUGCGGUGGUCACAGAAAAGGGUCUCCCCCAGCUUUCUCCUCAUCAAUUUCUACAGCCACUACUUGCCAAUCUUUUGAUACCAUUCCCACCUCAAUACCUACGAAUCUAUCAAGCAAUCAAAGCGCUCACUCAGUUCGAGGAGUGCACCAACAUGCUUGAUUUGCAAACAUUCUUCGACUGUGAUGGAAAGAACUGCUCGCGCUUUGCGAAUCUGGACAAAAUACGGAUAGACUUCCGGCGCAGGAUAGCCGAAUGCAAAGUCAACUGCUGCGUAACGCUGACCGAUGGAUUGUUGGAACCGUGCGGCCAGGAACAGUACUCCACCGUUGAGCUCCUGCUGCCGCACUUCAUCGAACUCAUUCAGGCGGACGACACGUCGAUACUGGCCGCCUGGAACCUCUUCGACACGAUCUCCAUCGCGCUCGGGAUGAAAGGUUCCCAAAAUUAUCUCCUUCAGCCGAUGCUGCUACUGUACGAAUCGGAAUCGGACGGCGAACCCCGCAUAGCCCAGUCUCAGCCUCAACCGGAUGGUGACCAGGGAACGCUGAAAUUCACCCGCAAUACAUCGUUCAAGUCCCGGAAAUCUGUCAAACUGUACCAUCACAGCUUCCUGUUGAAGCUAAUCGUACGCUUCGGGCUGCGUUGUUUCCUGGAGAACUUCGUAGCGCCCCUGGUUGAGGCCGUCGGAGGCUACAAGGAUGCCGAUCUCAAUCAGCCGUAUCAUUUCCACGAAAAUCUUCCCCUGGGAGAAUUUAAGAAAUCGCGCUCCUGUCGGAAUUUCAAGCUGAAAAGUGACAGCAGUGGAGAGGCGGCGGCGGCGGCGGACCUUGAGAACACGGGAGCUCAGGGACAGGAAUCCGCUUCCAUAUCGAACACGCUGGUUUCGCCAGAUGCUUCGGACAGGACCAUUUCCCCCACGGUAACCCAGAAUCUACCACUGGAUGAGGGUUCCAUUGAAGAGGAUGUCGAGGAGAUGUUCAACUUCGAAGAGGACAACCAGCUGCAGCAGCAGCAGGAAAUGUACAAGACCGUCAUGAGUAUGGCCGGGGAUGAGCUGAGUGACAUCGAAAUGGAAAGUGCUAUGAAGAGAAUCAUCGAUGAUUUUGAUAUGAAAACCGACGUUAGCAGUUUUGAUCUUCCGUUGAACCAUUCCCAAGCCGAGGAAGCGAUUGAGGAUGUGUUGGAGGAAGAAUCCGAACAGAGGGAAUUGGGCUGUAAUGGGAUGGAUCCACUCGAUGUGACGAUAAUCACAACCGAUACAAAUUCUCUGGAGAACAAAAACGACAGCAAUCCAAAAUCACCCACAAUUGCAAUUCCUUCCCAGUUCCGAAGGAACGUUGAGUUCAACUCGAUAGGUUGUGAAAUCGGCAGCAAGAAGAGCGUUGAUUCAUUGGAAUUUCUUCCGAAACCGACGCAGGAUGAGAAGCCAGAAAAUAGCCCCAAAAAUGCGACACCUAAUCAUUCCAAAUCCGAGCCGGGUAAAACUAGGUCCACGAGGAUCUCGGAAAUGAGCUGCGAAAGCGUAAUUUGGUUGUCCCAUCGGCUAGGCCCAGUGCUGACGGCUCGUUACUUAACACGGAAUUUGCUCAAAAUGCUCACUCUUUGUUAUGUUGGUUCGGAGAAUCUCGUUCCAAAUGAUUCAUCUUCAGCCACGACAGGAAGCCUUAACUAUUUCACCAUCGCGAACGGGUGCGUUACGGGCGAUGAAGCUGCCCAACGAGUGAUCGAAUGCCUUACAUCCAUCUCAGCAUUGUUUGGUGAUCAAUUUAUUCUUCUGCAAUACUUCCCCCACGCCAGUGAGCUAAUAGCGCUCUGUAGGAAGAAGAUUUCGCCCUCUUUGGAGGGUGGCCUCAUCAGCUCUUUGCAACUAGUCAAAUGUCUGAUCCCUUACUUGAACGACAGCGCGGUGAUGGAUCUACUGCAGGAUUUUCUUCCGCGCUCCAUAAUCCAUCCCAUCAUUCGUUUGCUAGAAUCAACCAAAAUCAGCAUGCCCAGCGGCUUCCUGGCCCGGUCGGUGCUGGCUCGCAAACUGGUCGAUACGCUCUACGUGAUAUCGAUAAGGAUCGGCCGGGAAAUGACCCGGGAACACAUUUGCGCCUCGGCUCUGCAACGUUUCUUCCUCAUAUUCGACAAAGUGUACGGCCGAAACGAGUAUCUGCGGGAACUGAAAGCUGCUGCCCAAUCCCGACCGGAUUCGAGUCCGUCGAGCUCGGGAACCGAGGAUGUGUACCACGUCGAGAUUCGUCGAGAAGACGGCGAAUGUGAGCGGAUAAUUCACGGUCACCCGCCUUCAGGUGGCCUCAAUCGACCGAAUCAGUCGAACGAACAACCGAACACCUCGCGGGACGUCACCCGAACGAGAGCGUUCGAGGAAAUUCGGGAUGUGUUCACACCCAAUCUUGCCUAUUGCACGUUUGUUCCCUUCCUGAACUACCUCGGUCAGCACGAGAUGUCACAGAUGCUGAAGAACGUGGCGCUCAUACUGAACCUUUGUCACGACUACGAGCAGCCGGACUAUGCGCGAGAUGAACGGGACGGAGCGAAGAAUCUGGACGCCAACUCGGACGAAGAGGAGUGCACACUGGAAUCGCUGAAUUGUUCCAACACGUUUGGGUCAAACAUUGUGGGGAACAGAAUUGAGGUGCGGAACGAUACGAACAAAAUCGAGCUGGAACAGAAGGAAUUGCUAGGGAUGGUAACGUACCGAUUGGAGCAGGUGAACAGUUCGAGAAAUCUCCGUGGAAAUUGGUUAGCCUAUUGGGAACACGAAAUUGGUCGCGCCAAUAAAGAUUACCGCUUCAAUCUGAAACAAAUCAAACUGCAAACCUACGGCGGACAUGCUAACUCUAUCAAGGCAAUAGUGGCGCUAGACAACGAGAAUAGCUUCAUUUCGGCUUCGAAGGAUAAAACGGUGAAGCUGUGGUCACUCCGAAGCGAGGGUGAUGGAAGCAAGCUGUCAUCGUGUCAGUUUACCUACACCAAUCACCGGAAGUCGGUCCAUUCGUUGGCUUUUCUGGAGUCGUUGAGGCUAACAAUUUCAUGUGACUCGGGUGUUCACCUGUGGGAUCCUUUCGUGGGGGCCCAAAUUGGUCAACUAGACGUUCCAAAAUAUACCCCGGUUUCGGUGGUGAAAACAUUCCCUUCGCCUAGUAGCUUGGUGCUCACCGGGACCGCCGAUAGUUGCGUGAAGAUGAUCGACGCUCGCACCUUUAGCUAUUGCCACGAAUGGAGGGUAUCCAGCGUACCGGUGGGUUCGGUACGUACCAUCGCGGUCUCUCCGUCCGGUACGUGGAUAGCAGUUGGACUCAGCUCCGGUCAUAUUACGGUUCUCGACGGGCGCACCGGAUUCAUCAUCUCCUCCUGGCGUGCAAACGAUAGUGAUUUGCUGCAACUUCUAGCACCAAGUGAACACCAGCUAAUUAGCACUAGUUUGGAUUAUUCACUGAGCGUGUGGAAUCCCAACACAGGCAAUCUGCAAUUUAACAUGAAAAAUCGUCCCGAGCCUAUCCACUGCAUGAUUAACAACGGCCCAGAGCUGAUCGCCGGAACACCAACCAAUCGCAUUGGUGUUUAUAGUGCAAUAAGCACGGAUACGACCUACUCGUACACGAAACUUCGCUCCGAAACAUUCAAAGGCGUGCUGACUAGCUUCGCGUUACUUCCGCUCAAUCGUAUGCUGCUGGUCGGUGGGGAUAACGGCAAUAUUAGUCUGCUUUGCUAGAAUCCAGAAUAGAAUGCGUUAGAAUGGGUACACCACAUUCCAUUAGAGCAUUCCGGUGUCUACUCGAAAAAGCUCGGGGUUUUGAAAUCAUGGGAAAAAGAAUCUCAUCUUAUUAUUCACCUAGUGAAAACAGUAAGUAUUAAAACAAUAUUGGAAAAGAAACAUACCAAAUUAUAGUAAAAGUACGAAAUCCAUUGGAA